AAACAGAGUACAACGAGACACAAUUUGAAAACCAAGCGUGAAGUUUUAAGAAACACAAAGUUCUCUUUGGUUGUAAAAAACAUGGGAGAAGUUGUAUUGUUGGUUGAUGAUUUAAAAUCAUUUUCUGGGUUUCCUCGUUGUAGAAUAUGUCACGAAGAAGAAUUUGAGAGCUUCAAAAGCUUAGAAGCUCCUUGUGCUUGUUCUGGUACGGUUAAGUUUGCUCAUAGAGAUUGCAUUCAGACAUGGUGUAAUGAAAAAGGAAAUACUACUUGUGAAAUUUGUCUACAGCAAUAUGAACCUGGAUAUACAGCACCGCCAAAGAAAUCUCAAAAAUCUGAUGCAGCAUUGAGCAUUAGAGAGAGCCUUGAAAUAUCAAGGGGGGAGGAAGAGACGUUAAACAGAAGAAUAGUAGUUGGUAUAGUUGAAGUUGAAGUUGAAGCUGUAACAACAGACAACAAUUACUCUCAAUGCACAGAUGCUGCAGAUAGAACCACGUCUUGUUUUCGAUCACUCGCAAUUGCUUUUACUUUCAUAUUACUUUUAAGACAUCUUUUUGCUUUGCUUACAAAUGGAAUGGAAGAAUAUCCCUUUACAAUUCUUACAAUCUUUAUGCUAAGGGCCAUUGGAAUUAUUAUACCUAUGUGCAUAAUUAUUAGGACUAUGGGAGCCUUUCAUAAAAGUAUCCAGCGUCAUUAUAAUCAGGAUCCUGAUGAUGACUCAUCAAUUUCUGAUGGAGAUGAUGAAGACAAUGAGACACCACAUAUUGCAAUUUUAAGACACUCACAUUAGUCAUGAUAUAUAGUUUGUUAUUUGAUUUAAUUUGUGUAUAAGAGCAUUAUGCUGAUGCUCUGUCAAAUUCCAACUUUUGGGUAUAACUUUAUUAUUAUAUGAAAAAAUAAGAAAUGGAAUUUACAUUGAAAUGCA